CGUGAUCCCCACCUCUAGGCCAGCCGGGGGCGCUGCUGCACAGACCAGUCGGGUUAGGACCAGAAGAAGAGCGGCACCGACGUAUUCCUCAGUCGUCACCGCUUCCUCUACAGACGAAAACAAACAGAGAGCUGCCGUGUAUUUGGUUCUAAACCGCAGAGAUGAGCACCGAGAAAUACCCGAGGUCCUCCAUCGAGGAUGACUUCAACUACGGCACCAACGUGGCAACGGCCAGCGUCCAGAUCCGGAUGGACUUCCUCCGUAAGGUGUACAGCAUCCUCUCCCUCCAGAUCAUCCUGACCACGGCCACCGCCGCGCUCUUCAUGUUCUGCGAACCCAUCAAGCAGUUCGUCCACACCAGUCCUGCGGUGGUGCUGGUCUCGGCGCUGGGCUCGCUGGUGCUGCUGGUUGCGCUGGCGGUGUACCGACACAGGCACCCCCUCAACCUCUACCUGCUGCUGGCCUUCACUCUGCUGGAGGCGGUCUCCGUGGCAACAGCUGUGAGCUUCUAUGAGUAUAAGAUCGUGCUGCAGGCGUUCUUCCUCACCUGCACCGUGUUCACCUGUCUCACGGCCUACACCUUCCAGUCCAAGAGGGACUUCAGCAAGCUGGGGGCCGGGCUGUUUGCUGCACUGCUGAUUCUGAUCGUGGGCGGGGUUAUGCGGAUGUUCUUCAACAACGAGACGACAGAGCUGCUCUUCGCCUGCGCCGGAGCGCUGGUCUUCUGCGGGUUCAUCAUCUACGACACACACCUUCUGAUGCACCAGCUGUCCCCUGAGGAGCACAUCCUGGCCUCCAUCAACCUGUACCUGGACAUCAUCAACCUCUUCAUCCACCUGCUGCGCAUCCUGGACUCCAUGAAGAAGAACUGAGGGGCGUCGCCCGGCCGCCAUCUUGCUACUGGAGCGCCCUCCCAUUGGUCAAUUCUAGAAUAAAUACUCGCGUUGCUUUGCUGCGCGGGGCGUCUUUCUUAUAAUUAUUCGUAAAUUUUUGGCACAAAAGUAACCAGGUGGCUGCUUGGAACGUCAGUUAGGUUAGCUAACCCUAACCUACCCGAGCCGUAGGGCGGGUCACCGCUGGUGAAUGUUCAACGCUACCAGGUUACCCGCUGUCAUGGUUCUGAGUGGACUGGUAUUGUGUUGUAGCUGGUGUUUCUUUGUUGUGUUUUUGGUCGUUAAGGGAAGUUGCUGCAUGGUGAGCAGAUUAUGAAGGUUAAACUGGUUUUAUGUUAGGAGUCAUUUAUUUAUAUAUCUUUCUGCACACUUUUAAUUGCUUUGACCUUUGUAUGAUAUAACAAGCUGUAAUUGCCCACGGACAACAACUUGUUGACGGACUUGAUGUAAAUGUAUUCAUUCCAUUCCUGAAUGUAAAAUAUACUUAUUAACAAACGACACGGUUAUCAGCAUUAUGAAAACUUGUAUCGCCUUUCAAUGAUUUCCACUAUGUCGUUAAUCAUCAGAUGUAUUAACUUUAUGUGCAAUUCUAUAGAGUAUAGUUCAGAAAAAUAAUUUAUGUGAAAUCUGUCGGAUAAAAUGAACGCUGGCAACAGAAUUAUAAUAAAUGAUUUGAAAUGA